GGCUAACUUUCGAUUCAUAGUCACAAAUUGAUAAUUUUCCUGCCUUUCCCCCAAAAUUCUGAACAAAGGCACUUUUAUAAAAAGAAAAUCGACAUUAUUUUUUCUUGCAUUUUUCUUUUCUACUUCUCCCCCCUUUGACUGAUUUUUUUUUUCCACCAAAUGUCAGCUCUUGCCGUUCACAAUAGCUUUGAAGAAGCUGGUCUAUCAACACCUACGAGAUUUCUAAUGGAAUACUAUGAUAAUCCUCUGACGCCUUCCAUGGGCGGUGCCUUCUCCAUGGCUGAAGCCAAUCCCUUUGAAUAUAGUUUCCAACCUAAACAACCCGCACCGAUCAUGGUGCCAACCUCUAUGGUAGAUAUUUCUUCCCAAAUGCCACCCACUCCCGUAUCCAGUGCACACUCCUCACCCAGACAAAGCGUGCAUGAAGAAGGCUCUGAUCACUUAAGCGAGGGUAGUGUGCGUACAACCAGCCCGAAAGUUCGCACCCGAUCUCGUACUACUUCAAACAAACAGCCACAUCAAGAAUUCUCAUCAAAGCGCAAGUGGGAACAAGAUGAUGAUGAAGAUGGUGAAGAAAGACGACGAAAGUUUCUUGAGCGUAACCGUCAAGCUGCUUCAAAGUGCCGACAAAAGAAGAAGGCGUGGAUGCAAGAUCUGGAGCAACGUUCGGAGGAAAUUACCAGCCGUAACAAAGCUUUGCAUGAAACUGUCUCUAUGCUGAAAGAAGAAGUGUUAUUUCUCAAGAACCAAUUGUUGGCUCAUCGAGGAUGUGAUUGUACGGUCGUCAAGAACUACAUUCAAACCAGCGGCACCUUCAGUAGCUUUUUGGGUAACCCUGCCGGACAGUAAGCAAACCCUACCUUCAACCCCAACUUCCCUACUCAUUGUCAACUCCAACUUUCCUACUCAAAGACAUAUUAGUAAAAAGCCCUUUUUUGUACAUACUUUCACUUAUUCCACUGUUCUGUGCUUAACCACUCCCCCCCCCCUAAAUGAACCUCUGUCAGAAUAUACAUAUUGCCACUUGAACAUAAAAAGGAAAUCACAAACUUUUAUCCGGUCUACUUCUGAAAAGUAAC